UCCUGCCUUGGCUGCUGCUGCUGCAACCGGUCAGCCGAUGGGUACGGAAAGUGGACAAGCCCAGCUAGUAGAAGCGGCCUCGCCCAUCAGCAGCCGGCCUCCUGCCUCGGCCGCUGUGAAUUUGGAUGAACUGAUGCCUCUACAGGGCGGGACUGCAGAUGAGGAUGCACUUGCCGCCGCUGCGGGGGAGGGAGGAGCUAUUGGCGGCGGGAAUCGGUGGCCUCGUCAAGAGACUCUAGCUCUUCUCAGAAUUAGGUCCGAGAUGGACGCUGUCUUCCGUGACGCUACCCUCAAAGGUCCCCUCUGGGAAGAUGUUUCUAGGAAGCUAGCGGAGUUGGGGUACAAACGGAGUGCCAAGAAAUGCAAGGAAAAAUUUGAGAACGUCCACAAGUAUUACAAGCGAACAAAGGAAGGCCGAGCUGGUCGUCAAGAUGGGAAAAGCUACAAAUUCUUCAGCGAGCUUGAGGCUCUCCAUAGCUCAGCUGCCAGUAGCAGCGCCACCGGCAAUAACGCUUCAGCGUCCUUCCUAGUGCCGCCCGCGACAACUACUAUCAUCAACCCAGUGAUUUCUCCUGUUUCCACUGGGAUCGGCAUCGGCAGCUUUAUCAGCAACGCCAUGCCAAUCUCCUCUAUCAGAAUUCCCCAAGCCCCUCCUGGUGUCGGAAUGUUUCCUCCUGAUCCGAGUGCGGCAGUUAUUGCACCAGCUGCCGUGUCUGGAUCCGUCACAACUCCUGCAGCAGCAGCGCCCCCGCCAACAGGUAUCAGCUUCUCAUCGAAUAGCUCCUCGUCUUCUCCGGGCUCCGAUGAUGAGGAGGAGAGCCUAGAAGGGGAGCCAUCUAACGUAGGUAGCAGCCGCAAGCGUAAACGGGGGUCAUCAAGAGCCGGCAGCGGUUCUGGCACCCGUAGGAUGAUGGAGUUUUUCGAGAAUCUAAUGAAACAGGUAAUGUACAAACAAGAAGUGAUGCAGCAAAGAUUUCUAGAGGUAAUAGAGAAGAGAGACCAAGACAGGAUGAUAAGAGAAGAAGCUUGGAAGAGGCAAGAGAUGGCUAGGCUGGCCCGCGAGCACGAGCUCAUGGCUCAGGACCGGGCCAUCUCUGCUUCUAGGGAUGCCGCUAUAGUUGCUUUUCUACAAAAAAUUACUGGCCAAACCGUCCAAUUACCUACCCCUACUACUGUAACCAAUAUUCCUGCUGCCCCACCACCGACUGUGCCAGCGGCUCCAACGCCGCCACCACCACCGCCACCGUCACAACAACAUCAUCAUUAUCAACAACAGGUCCACCAACGUUCUCCUCAAAAUGCUCAAGUAGUAAUGGCCAUCCCAGAACAACAGGUACCCCCACAGGAUACGAGUGGUGGAAAGGGAUUGUCGAAGGAGAGCUUCUGUCUGGUGUCGAUGGAGAGGUGUCUAAGAUAUUAUGCAUACAAAGAUAUUGAUUAUUGCUUAAUCCACAAGUACAACAAAAGGAGGUGCAGGGAAGAAGGUAGUGAGGUGCGUAGAACAAUAUAA